AUGUGGUCCAACAAAAGUGUUGCUCCCUUCUUGCUGACUGGUUUCCUAGGCUCAGAGACAAUUCACCACUGGAUCUCUAUUCCUUUCUUUCUCAUCUACCUUUCCAUCCUUUUUGGCAAUGGCACACUUCUCUUCCUUAUUCAGAAUGACCACAGUCUUCAUGAGCCCAUGUACUACUUCCUAGCUAUGCUAGCAGGUACAGACCUUGGGAUGACGCUAACUACAAUGCCCACAGGCCUGGGUGUCCUAAUGCUGGACCAGAGGAAAAUUGCCCAGGCUGCCUGUUUCACUCAAUCCUACUUCAUUCACACACUGGCCAUUGUGGAAUCGGGCGUCUUGCUUGCCAUGGCCUAUGACCGUUUCAUUGCCAUCUGCACCCCUCUAAGGUACAACUCCAUUCUUACUAAUUCCCGGAUAAUGAAGGUAGGACUAGGGGUACUUCUGAGGGGCUUUUUGUCUAUUGUGCCCCCAAUUCUUCCCCUUUAUUGGUUCCCAUAUUGCCAUUCCCAUGUUCUUUCCCACGCCUUUUGCCUCCACCAAGAUGUCAUGAAACUUGCCUGUGCUGAUAUUACAUUUAAUCGUGUGUACCCUGUUAUUCUGGUGGCUUUGACUUUCUUCCUAGAUGCUCUGAUUAUCCUCUUCUCUUAUAUCCUAAUCCUUAAAACAGUUAUGGGCAUUGCCUCUAGAGAGGAGCGAACUAAGGCCCUCAACACUUGUGUCUCCCACAUUAGCUGUGUCCUAGUCUUUUACAUCACUGUGAUUGGCUUGACUUUCAUCCACAUACCACAUGUGGUCCAUAUAACCAUGAGCUAUGUCUACUUUCUCUUUCCUCCAUUCAUGAACCCCAUUAUCUACAGCAUCAAGACCAAGCAGAUUCGAAGAAGCAUUGUUUACCUGUUUUCUGUGUGUAGCAGGGCUUGA